AUGAAUCAUUCCUCCCGGUGGCCUGGAGGUAUUCCUCCGCAGGGUUUCCAGGCUUUGACGGUGGCCAAGGCGCAACUCAAUCGUUGGGUUGCCAUCUUCUGUGUCCUCUCCUCUAGCAAGAUUUACCGUAGUGCCCAGUUUGGAUCUCACCUCAUCCAGUUUCUAUUCUCCUCUAUAGUCUGUACUUGCAUUCGCACGACGGCCUAUCGCCUGACUGCCAACGGAGCAGUUCCACUGACAGCUGAAAUUCGUUCAGCGUGCAGUGGAGGAUCCCGAGAACUGGACAGACCAUCCCCUCUGAUCCUGUUGGGUAUCUGCUCCUCUCUCAAGUCGGACCUUGACUGCUCCGCCGCUGAACUGGCGUUCGGCGCCACCAUCCUACUUCCCGGUGAGAUGAUUAGGUCAACCCUUCAUGGCGCGGUUGAGGAUCCUGCCAACCUCCUGAACCGUUUCGGACAGUUUGUGCGGAUACUCUCCCCAGUUCCGCCCAUGCUGUCCGUCUCCGAGUCUUAUCAUGAGCAAAACUUGGCUGCAUGCUCUUACGUCUGCCUACGAUGUGAUCGAGUCUGUCGGCCAUUGGAACCUUCGUACGGCGGCUCCUUCCGGGGCCGAAGACCCCUCGCAUUCAACGCGGGACUCGCGAGGAGGUCGUGA